AUGUCCGACCAGAAAGAUGGCUACAAGCUCGUCCCCGAUGCUGACAGCGACCAGGAGGAGAGCCUUGAUGAUGUGGAGGAUGGCAGUUCGGGCUCAUCGCAGCGCUUGCAGAACUACCCCAGCGCUGCACAGAGCUCUUUGAAGGGCACGGCCGUCGGGGCAUCCGAGUCUGUCAAAAUUGAGUGGAAGAAGCUGACGCCACAGGAGCAGAGGGUACAAGUCCUCGCGGGCAGGGCAUUGCGCACUCUCAACGAGAAAGCCAAGUUGCUGAUCACCGUUGAGAACGACUCCGUUUACGGAGCAGCGCUGGCUUUGCCACAGGUCGCUCGCACUGCGGGAUGGAGCUUGGAAUACACAAGCCUUGCCUGCCACAGCAUGAUGUUUCUUUUGACGAAUCUUCUUCUUCAAGGCUUUCUCCUUUACAUGCUGUCAAAGGAGCUGCGUACGCUGGACAAGUUCGGAGGACAGAUGCACCUCUGUGACUUUGGCGCGCACUCUGGAGAGUGUCCAGAGGGCAAGAACUGUAUCGGACCUGGUGGUACAGCUUACACGCCCGAGCGUCUGUACGAUUGGAAGCUUUGGACGACGCGAGUUUUCGUCCGGGACUCCUUCAAGGCUCUGUUCCCAGACAGGGCGGAGGACAUCGAGGAGAUGGUGGAUCCCGGAGAAUAUGGCCUUGAGAGCUACUACCUCCGAAUGAUCUGCUGCUUCAUAUUCGUGUUGGGUCUGUGGCCAGAUCUGGCUGGCUCCUGGGACAUACUGGCCCUCCUGAUCGGCGUGCCGACGAAAGCGGAACCAUGGAUAAUGGAGACAGACUGGGAGGAGCUGCGCAAACGAGAGCGCAGUGAUGACAAUCCCGAUGACUGGCGCAUGGACUUUGUUCGAUUCCGAGUCGCCGGUGUUCCACUUCAUUGGAAAAUCAUCAACUUCUUCUUGAUCCUGUGCCCGAAGAUGUACAUAUGGAUAUUGACCGUUGACAUCGGGAUCGUUUUUCUCAUGGAGACUUCCGAGAUAGAGGACAUGAUCAUCAACUGCGUCGCACUUGCGUUCAUCCUGAACCUGGAUGAGCUCACGAUGUCGAUGCUGCCGAAUCAAACCAAAGCUAUUCUUGAGAUGUUGGAGGGCUGUCCCUCAGCCAAGCCGCAACAGAUCUCUUUGCAAGAUGACUUCGUCUUGCACGAGGAGGGCAAGCGUUGGAACUGGUUCUCACCGGGUUUCUAUGGCUACAUCAUCCCUGCCCGGCUCUGCUUCCUUCUUGCGGUUACUGCUUUCUUCCUUGGGAACUACUACCUGGAAGCCUGCAUCCGAUUGGAGGAUGGCUCCUGGGUCUCGAAGGACCUCCACUUGCCACGCUCAGACAGCUUGCCCUUUCUGACAUUCCUGUUCGAGCCCUUUCCACGCUUGUUUCCCGUGGACACGGAGGAAGAGGCUGCUUGGAAGUUCCACAUUGCAGAGUCUGCUUGA